UCCGGCCUCCCGGGAAGCCGCUCGGUGAAAACAGGAACGCAGUCCGCCCCCGAAGGGCGGGGACGGGACUCCGACAGGCUUUUCGCCUGGCCUGUGUCUCGACCCGGGCCUGGUGGCGGUUACGGUGUAGGCCACGGCACCAUGGAUCCGUUUUUGAGUCUGCUGCACUCUUUCUCUUUGAGCUUGUCGGACACUGAGCUUUCUUCCCUGAAGUUUCUCUGCCGGGGGAAAAUUGGGAAAAGGAAGCUUGAGUGUGUCCGAAGUGGCGGGGAGCUCUUCAGCAUCCUCCUCGAGCAGCAGCUGAUUGCAAGCGACAAGGUGGCGUUUCUUGAAGGCAUGCUUGAGAGCAUUAAAAGAAAAGAUCUGGUCUCACAGCUAAAGCAGUUCGUAGAGGAAGGGGAACUUCAUGCUCCUGAGGACCAACCAGAUGUGCAUGAAAAACGUCUGCAGAAGGCAGCUAUUGAAGUCAUAUGUGAAAAUGUCGGGAGAGACUGGAAAAUGCUGAUGCGAAAACUUGGCAUUUCGGAAGUGAAAAUGGACAGAAUAGUGGCAGCCAAUCCAUUUAAUUUGCAGGAACAGUUGGUGCAGUCACUUCGAGAGUGGCAGAAAUGGAAGGGAAAAGAUGCAAAGGUGACUGAUUUAAUAAGAGCUCUUCGGGGCUGUAAUAUGAAUUUGGUGGCAGACAGAGUUGAACAGAAGCUCUCAUCACUGAACACUGGAACAAGUUGAAAUCAAUAUAAAAACACUUCCAUGUCCCAUAAAAGUGCCUUCUACUCUUCUGAACCAAAAUCAGUAUCAUUGGUUCUGUUACUUAUUUGCCAUUAAUUUAUGUGCCUUGAUUUGUGGUCAGAUGAAGAUUAAUAUAAAACCAAAUUCCCCUCGGGUAAUGCUUUGCAGCUUGAUGCUUCCUUUAAGAGAUUUUAACUUCUAAAAGACCUAACCUCCAUUUUGUAGAAGUUCUUACACUUUUGUUCUACCACCCACCUGAAAACAAGAUUUGCUUUACUGCAGGUACUUUUCAGAUAUAUCUUCUCUGAAAAUACAUCCAUGGGACACUUCUGAAGCAACUGCAAUUUAAAAUUUCACAGGGAGGUUGGAUUUUUUUUUUUUUU